AUGAUUGCCCGUUUGCGCGAAUCCCUGGCUGGUCCAGGGUACGUGAUCCUGAACGCCAUUCGCGUUCUCAACAUUGUGACUUUUCUCGAUCUCAUCGCGGCCUGUGUCGUGAUGCUGGUUAAGAUCGAUAUGCUGAACAGCUAUUUCUUCUUUGAAGCUGUUACUCAUGCUGUGGUGGCAGUGGUCAGCAUCUUCCUGAUCGUCUCUGAACUCCCAGUGCUACAGCAUUACUUCGACCGCCACUGGCCCAUGUUCGGUCAAGACUCAGGCUUCUACUCCCUGGCUGGCAUCAUGAUGAUCCUGGGUGUCUCGACAUUGGGCAAUUUGAACACUCCAGCCAUGGCCCAAGAGAAAAUCGGCAUGGUCUUCUGGCGUAUCAUUGCCUCGGCUGGCAUUCUAGCCAUGGUCAUCAGUGUUCUGAACGUGUUGGCAAGCUACAUCUUUACCGACUCCGAAACCGGCGUCAGUGCCCGCCAAGUCCGCGUCGACGGCGCUGUCGCCCCACAAAAGGCCAUGAGUCGCAGCAGCAGCAGUCGCAGCAGCAGCCACCGCACCCUGCACCUCAGCAUGAAGCGCGAAGAGACUCUGCCUACCUACGAACGUCAGAAUCCUGUCAAGCGCGCCACCAAGCGUUUGACAGGUCGCUUCCCUUUGAAGAUCUCUCGCCCCACGUACCCUUCUCACCCGUCUGAGAUUGCGCCAAACGAUUCGGCUUCUUCGAGAUAUUCUCGUGAUACCUGUGAGGUCCGUCCUCCUGAUUUGGCGCAUCACCCUGCUAUGUACACGGGACAAUAUGUUUGA